UUUCGAUGUACACAUUAAUAACUACACAAAUAUAAUAUCGCAAUAGAACAAUUGCAGAAACAGUCUAGGCUACAUACAACUAGAUGCCAGCAGCUUAAUAUAAUAACUUAUAGUGCGAAGAAUCAUGACAGCAUCACUUGUCGUUUUACCAUCGCUUUGGUUAAUAUUAAUAAUUUUUACUGCACCCCAUACUCACUGUACACAAUCUGGCAUAUACAUAGAUAAUGGUAAAGAUCAGACAGUCAUGGAACGUGUGCUGACCGACGAUGAUAAGUUGGACGUCUCACAUGAGAUAUUGGAAUUCCUGGGCAUUGCCGCGCGUCCCUUGCACCACAGAAGCCAUGGCUUGUCCCUUAGAAAAUCGGCGCCCAAGUUUCUGCUUGACGUUUAUUACCGCAUUACCGCAGAAGAGGGCCUUGCUAUUAAAAACAAAAGUGAUCACAGCCGCUCGAAACGUGAUGCCAAUGAAAGCGAGCAGAAUUUCAUCACAGAUCUGGACAAACGUGCCAUAGACGAGAGCGAUAUUAUAAUGACUUUCCUGAACAAACGCAAUCACAAUGUCGAAGAAAUGCGCCACGAGCACGGGCGCCGACUAUGGUUCGAUGUCAACAAUAUUCCCUCGGACAAUUAUCUAAUGAUGGCCGAACUGCGCAUAUACCAAAACUCUAACGAGGGCAAAUGGACGACAACCAACAAACAGUUUACUGUCACAGUCUACAUGCUACGCUCGGGAGGAUCGGCCCCGAAUAUGCUGGAGCCGCUGUCCUCGGUCAACACAACAGGUGACUAUGUUGGCUGGCUGGAGCUCAAUGUUACGGAGGCGUUGCAUGAUUGGCGCGUUAAUUCAAACGAAAAUCAUGGCAUUUAUAUCGGUGCACAUGCUCUGAACAAACCGGAACGAGAAAUCAAACUCGAUGAUAUCGGAUUAAUACAUCGCAGAACAAAGGUGGAUGAUGAAAAUCAGCCCUUUAUGAUCGGAUUUUUCAGAGGUCCUGAACUCAUUAAAUCCACAUCUGGCCACAGCACUCAGAAGCGAACAAAACGCAGCACUCUGCAUCAGCGCAAAAAGAGCAAAUCCGAGCCGGUAAAUCCAUUUAUAGAGAACUCAAUAGAGAACACGCGAAGCUGUCAGAUGCAAACACUUUACAUUGACUUUAAGGAUUUGGGCUGGCAUGACUGGAUAAUCGCGCCGGAGGGCUACGGCGCCUUCUAUUGCAGUGGAGAAUGCAAUUUUCCGCUAAAUGCACACAUGAAUGCCACGAAUCACGCAAUUGUUCAAACUCUGGUGCACUUGCUCGAGCCCAAAAGGGUGCCAAAGCCCUGCUGUGCACCAACACGACUGGGAGCAUUGCCUGUUCUGUAUCAUCUUAACGAUGAGAAUGUCAACUUGAAAAAGUAUAGAAAUAUGAUUGUGAAGUCGUGUGGGUGCCAUUGAUAAAAUUAAAACAAUUGUAA